AUGGCAUUGAAGCAAUGUAGUAUGUGCGAUCGCACCUUCACCAAGCUCGAGCACGUGAAGCGUCAUGAGCGGUCCCACACCAGAGAGCGCCCCUACGAGUGCCCGACUUGCAAAAAGCACUUUUCGCGCAGCGACGUCCUAUUUCGACACUGCAAAGGCCAUGCCCAAAAUGCCAUGAACCGGAUGAAAAACAAUGAACAGCAGCAGAAUGCCUCGACGCAGCACCAGCAGCACCAGCCUCUGCGCAACAACUCUCUCGAUGAUAGCAAGACUCCAAUGUCAGCGGUGCCUUCCCGCACAAACAGCGGUCCCACGCCAAUGCAGACACCUCCCAUCCAGGACGACGCCAGCUUCUCGCCCAUGACCAGCAGGACAGAUGCGCAAAUCCAGCAGCAUAUGAACCCAAACCGCCACUACAGCGCCCAUCUUGCUUCCACUCCUCACGCUCGCCAGCCUGCCUCGCGAAUGCAUCCGGCUUCACCCGGGGAUGAUCGCAUCGAGGCGCUUAUUAAUGCUGCCCAGCACCUUGAGCCUGGAGUCGACACGCCAUGGCGGUCGCCCUCGCCAAUGCUCAUUUCCCGCGCAGAAACCGCGCCGAUGCAGAGCCGCAAUCACCACGACAACAUGGGCCCCCCCAUUGAUCCGGCCAUGGAGGUCCUUUCAUUCUCGCCUGCAGGACAUGUUUCAAGCUUGGACCAGUGGGCGUUUGAACUCGUCCAGAGCAGCAACCCAAUUCCCAACCGGACCCCAGCAGAUGCACUACAGACGUGGCUGUUUCCAAUAGAGCAAGAAGGGCACACGCCAAGUGGACCGCACUCGCUCGGAGUAGGAGGGGUUGAUGGCGGCUUCUUCGACUCGGACGCCUUUCGAGCAAUGCAAGAGAAUCAAGCCAGCCCGUCAGGGAGUAGCGCAUCCAUUGCAAGUAGGGUGCCAAGAGAGCGCUUCCAAAGAGUCCAGAAUUGCUGGCCAUCACGGAAUCGGCGCUCGUCGCGUUUAAUGCCGGAUCUGUGGCAAAGUCUGGUCUCGUCCGAUUGCAUCAAUAUCCUCUCCGAGUAUGAGUCCAGAUUAGCGGAUACACCCGCCAGCGAGAGGCAACGCAAGAAUCAGCGUUGGGGUCUUGAUGAGGAAUGUAGAAGCAAGCUGCAAACCACACUGAACAAUCUACCCAUAUCGAAUCUGAUACGGUCAGAAUCAGUGGCAGAUACUAUAUCUUCAAGCGGAGAUGCUGCUGGAAGUCCGAGCGUAGAGGGCAUUCAGUUUCCGCCCGCUGAAAUUCUCGAUAUUGCUUUGGAAAUGUAUCUCUACUACUUCCAUCCUACUCUUCCAAUUAUUCACAUACCAACAUUUUCGGCCAAGAAUGCUCCGCGGUCGUUACUACUAUGUAUGUGUCUGAUUGGAUUGAGUAUUUUGGGUACAGCUGGCGCAGCCAAAUUCGUCACACGCACGUUUCCUGCUGUGUUACAGCUUGUCAUGGCCGAAUUACAAUCGUUACCAGCAUCAGACCAGCCACCACAUAGACAAAUGCGAGUCAUCGCUACCAGCUUACUGGCUCUCAACCUGGCUUCAAUUACCGGACGGAAAAGCCGCAUCGCGCAAGCCGAGAAGCUAUACUCAGAGCUUAUUGGUUUUGCUCUAACCCAAAGCCUCUUUUCUGCGAACGAAGCUGGCAAGAUAGAACCACUCCUCGAUGAGAUUAUCGAUAUCGAUGCUAAAUGGAAGACAUGGUCCAAGAUCGAAUGCAGCAAACGAAUCAUAUUCGGUCUGGUCGAGGCAGACUGCUGGUGGGCAGGAUAUCUCUCAACGUCUCCCAUGAUACGCCCAGAAACAGUUCACAUUCUUCCGCCGUCCGAUUACGCUUUGUAUCAUGUCAACAGCGCUGCAAAAUGGUUUCACCUGGUGCAAAGAGGUGCCAAGGUUCAUUCACAGAAGAUUACACCAUCAUUCCAUCCAACUCCGGGAUUGAAACUGGAUACCAGUAGCUUCCGAUGCUUACUAACACUGCUCCUCCUCCGUAUCUACGAGAGCAACGAUCGUUUAGCCCCUGCGACAGGACACCAGAAGCAAUUGGAGCCCUGGCGCAUUUAUGCCGAAGAUCCACGAAGUCGCGACAUCCUCCCUCUGCUAGUCAAUCUCUCAAGCUCCUCCAUCGACGCCGUCCGCACCGCAGACCUCAACUCUGCUGUUCUCUGGCAUGCCUCAUGUAUGCUUCUCGGCGCCAACCUGCGCUACUUUGAACUCGCAGCUGGGCGCUCAGGCCCUGAGCCCGCCGUCAAUGCCCUUGAAGACAUUUCGGCAUGGAGUCAAACGCCCAGCGCUCGUCGCAGCGUUCUUCAUGCCUCCCAAAUUUACAAGCUACUUUUCGACCGCAAAGUAAGCGACAUAGUCAACCCACAUAGCGUUGUCGCCCUUUUCGAAGCCGCCCUCAUACUAGGCCUGUACAUCUUCACUGUCCCACCCCACUCCUCCAACUCUACCAACGGUAACUGCCCAUCAGCUGAGUCGUGUAUCGAACUUCUAGAUCCCGUCGACUGGCUUUCCGUCGGCCAGCUCGGUUUCAUCGACAGCUCACAGUCCCCCGUCAGCUUCCCAGACCCAACGGAAGCCCUCAAAUUCAUCCGUCACGGCGGUCCCUUCAGCAUAACCGGCAUCGCCCUCGACGGCGGCUACCUAGCCGCACGCCGCACCCUCUUGCACUGCGCAGAUCUCAUGGAAGGCAUGGGCCGCUGGAAGAGCCGCACAUUCAGCCAAAUCUUGCACAUCAUGAGCGACGACCUAACCGACUACGAGGGCCACAGCAAUGACGAAGCAGAUUUCGCAGCCGAGAUGCAAGAGAAUGACGAGGAGCGCGACCGUAGACGUAGCGGGACGAGGCUCGGUCUCCAGGACGAACAGCAGCAGGACCUAUCGCAUCAGCUAUGA